GGGCUGACAGGGGCCGAAGGGUCCCGCUGCAAAACGGAAAGGGGAGCUGAUAGGAGUAGAUUAGGCCGGGCUAAAAACGUCGGUCAGUUUUCCUGGAGGAAUUUUAAUUGCCCCGGGGGGCCCUGCUUAUCGGCCCAGGGCGGUUAUUAAUACAACACCCGCGAUAAAGAGGACGCAGAGACACCGACAGCGGGGAGAAUACAGUACAGGAGGGUAAAAUUAAACUUUGCAUGUUGGAGUUUUGAGGAGACAAGAGAGUUAGAUGCUUUAUUGACUGUGUAGUCUACUGAAUGAGUAAUAUAUUCAAAACUGAAGUAGUCAUACCAAUGUGUCCAAUAAACUGUUGCGUAAAAAGGGGAAUUUCUAGAUGUUUUCUGCAGUAUUUGAUCUCAACCAUCUCCUUAUAUUUCAGUCUGAAGUAUUUAAGGUCUUUAGAAGUUUAUAGAUUUCCGCUGGGAUUUUUUUUUAAAUCAACAUUAGUUUUGGGAAGUUUGAACAAACCGACGUAAGAUGUCUCGCUAUCAAGGAGCAACAGGUGGAAGCGGCCUGCAGAGGGGUUUACUCAACAAAUGAAUGCUUUACUGGAAAUAUGAAAGCAUCUUUUACAUGCUGGACACUGGUUUAUCUAGCUGAUGUGUUUGGUUUUGGGAGGGGAGGGUGUUAUAAUUUGACAAUAUCCAACCUUCUGUUUAAUGAAUUCAGGCCAAUUUGAGCGCAAAAAGUUACAACGUCUCUUAAACUUAAAUCUCUAUAUUGAAAUCCAGGUCCUGGUUAGUUUUCAUGGCAACAUUCUUACUUCAAUAUCUUAUUUUCACUGAUAAACCAUUACACACAAACCUCCGCCAGUAUACCACAGUAUAUCACAGUGGUUGCUUUGCGUGAUGAUGAGAGAUUGUGGAUAACAUUAACCUGGUUAACAUUUUAUGAACCACUGAGGCGUUAAGUAAACUGCAGGGUUCCUUCUCACUUUAUUGUCCCUUGACCUGACCGUUGACCUUGACGUGCCACCGGCUGCGCAGCACCGUGCGUCUCUCCAAGAUUUACGCACGAACCAACACGAGGACCCCAUCGUACCCAGCGACUGUGGAAUGAUGAAAACUACUAGAAUUAUCUCCCAAAAACACCAGGAAGCAAAGUGAAAGCUAUAGAAAUACAACUGUAAUCAAGAACAUCGUGCUUCUUGUUGCUAAAUGUGUGCGUAAAAAAUGUCGCUGAGGCAAAUGGCGAGAAGUUCAGGAUAAAUAAAGUGGUGUCAGUGUAUUUCCCUGUCCACCAUAUUCACACACACACACACAUAAGUCCGAAAACAAAACCAGUACGUGAACACACGUGACGUACGCCCCACCUUCUCUCCCUCUCUCUGACUCUCGCUCUCCAAAUGCUUCCCUUCCAGCCCACACGGACUUUCCAUUUCACACACACCCCUCCCCCUGACAUCAGAGGAGGCAGAGGCGCUCCUUCGCCCCGGUCCAAACUUACAAAGGCCGACAUUAUAUCUGUCAGAGAGGAGACCUGCAUGGACAAACCCGGGACGAAUACCUAUGUUUUCGUGCGAUUUACUGCGAUGAAGGAUUCCAGCGGCUUAACGCAUCUCCAAUUACCAAAGAAGGGGCUAUUAGGCUCAAUUAUUUGUUAGAGAAAGAGUGGGGAAGGAGAAGGGGUGUGCAUGUUACUCGGCGGGAUUCAUUUCCUUGAUGCUGCAGAGCAGGAGCUGGAUGACAUGAUGCUGCAGAGCCCGCUCACCUCCACGCCGUUUUCUGUCAAGGAUAUUCUCAAGCUGGAGCAGCAGCAGCAGCAGCAGCAGCAGCAGCAACAACAACAGUCCGGGUCUCUGGAGCACCAGCACCGGGCCCACACCCAGCAGCACUUGGCUGGAUCUCCCCAGCAGCAGCAGCAGCAGCAGCAGCAUUAUCAAACCCCGCCGUCCUGCAUGCUGGCCGGGGCCCGGGACAGCCCUUCCUACUCGGAGGGAGAAGACAACCUGGCUUACCUCAGUGCGCUGGCGGUGCGGGAGGAGGACCGCGGUGAGACGAGCCUGUCCCCGGAUAUGUACGUCCACCCCGGCCUACAGGGAGCCAAGCUGGAGGCCGCCGAGCUGGAGGAGCAAGAGAGCAAGAGCUGCGGGCUGGUGUCCAGGGAGGAGGCAGCGGAGGGCGGGCAGGGUGACUCGGAGAGGCCGGCGCAGAAGCAGAGGAGCCGGCGGAGACCCAGAGUCCUCUUCUCCCAGGCGCAGGUCUUCGAGCUGGAGCGGCGUUUCAAGCAGCAGCGCUACCUGUCCGCCCCUGAGAGGGAGCACCUGGCGACCACCCUCAAACUCACCUCGAACCAAGUGAAGAUCUGGUUCCAGAACCGGCGCUACAAGUGCAAACGCCAGCGGCAGGACAAGUCGCUGGAGGCCGCGGGGCAGCACCAUCCUCCCCCGCCGCGGCGCGUCGCCGUGCCGGUGCUGGUCCGAGAUGGGAAGCCGUGUCUGGGCGGCGCACAGAGCUACGCCACCGCUGCUCCGUACGGAUCCAACCCGUACAGUUAUAACGGAUAUCCGGCCUAUACAUACAACAGCCCCGCUUACAACACCAACUAUAGCUGCACGUACACCAGCAUCCCCUCCUUUCCACCGUCCAGCACCCCUAACGCCUUCAUGAACAUGAACUUGGGAAACGUCAGCGGCCUCAGCGGCUCGCCACAGACCCAAACACAUCAAGGGACAGCGGUCACACCCUGCCAGGGCUCCCUGCAGGGGAUCCGGGCCUGGUAG